CUGAGAGCUGCAUCACUACGACGACGUACUCUGAGGUUCAUAUAAUGUGGAUGGCUCACUUCAGGUCCCAGUCCUGCCAAGUGCUGAAGCAAAAACGCAACGAGUGUGAGCUCUGCCUGCAGAGAAGCGUUUCCCACUGCAUAUAAACUUUGCUGCCCACAGUAAUCCCCUUCCCCAGGGCUGUUCUUGUCUGAUUCUUGGGCUGCUGUGGGAAAAGCUGUGCCAGGCACUGAGCAGCUGCUCACCCUGUGCCAAAACCCGGAUCAUGGCAUCAGCUCCCUGAGCAAAGUCCCCACUGCAGGCACUGGAGCCAGCAAAGCAGGACGUUCUGUGGGGCUGUGCAGAUGGAUGGGAUGGGGUAAAUCAGUAACUGCCGGUGACUUGUAGCGCAAGAGAGCACAACCUGUACUGCUCUCUGGCUUCCUCCUCCUGCAGCAGGAUCAAAUGAAGCCAGUGCUUCCAUAACUUGUGCAAGCUUUGUGGGGUGAGCAGUAGGUCCUGAUGGCAGCUGUGCCUCAAAUACCCAGUUCUCACACAGUGAGCCCCUCCAUCUGUGACAUCUCUUGUCUGAGAACAACAUGAAUUCCUGUUAGCCAUCAGGACAGGCUUCCAACUUUGUUCUGAUCUCCACUAGAGCCCCUCAGCCCUUCAAGGAUGCUGCACACACAUCACGGAUGUCCCACUGUAGCACAUGCCAUUGGGUGCAUGAGAGGUCCUACCAUCUCCCUCAAGGCUUUAUCUCCCACAGUGAGACCCUGCCAGCACAUCCAUUAGUCCCUGGUGUAGGUGUUGGUGGAGGGCAGUGAGAAACCUGCACAGAAAACACAGCCUCCUCCACGUGCCGGAGUCCUGCAGCCAACGGGAAGCACAUCAGAGCCCUGGCCGUGCCUUUGCCCAGCACACACGGAGCAGCCGUCCGUCCUGUUGGGGCCGCCUCCUCCCCGCACGGAUGAUGCUCACCGGACCGGACCGACGCGUCGCGGUUCCCCGGCAGCGCACAGCGGUGUCCCGGCAGCGCGGGGCGGGGCGGCUCCGGAUGGCGGCGGAGCGGGACCGCCGGGUCGGUCCGAGGCUCGGCACGGAGCAGGGCCGGGGGGAAGCGGGGACAGGCAGCACCGAGCUCCUCCUCCGGGCAGGUGGGCAAGCACCAGCAGUGCGCUUCUGCUCCCCAGCUGCCAGCUGCUUUAUCCUAGAGGGUCCCAGUGCAGAUUCUGCCUCACCUACUGCAUCCUCAGCCCAUGCAGAUGUCCCUUCACAUCCUACAUCUCCCCUGUUGCAUUCUUUUGUCACAUACCAGGACUUCAUUCGUUGCCUGCCGGUUCACCUCUCUGAGCACAUCCUCGGACUUUUGGAUACCAAAUCCCUUAAAACAUGUGCCAAUGUGAAUGAAUACUGGGGUUUUCUGGCCAAAGAAGUUGAGAAGGAACUUGUGUGCCAAAAAGCAAAACAGAAGAUGAUCCUGUAUUUGCAGGGGUUGUGUCCUCGAGGAGCAGCUUCCAACUAUGCUAAAAUAGUUGACGUGACAAUUCCACUGUUAGAUGAGAAGGGAUGUGUCAUCAAAGUGAGAGACCAAAGCUCUGAAAGUGAAAAGAAGCAGGCCAAGAAGGAGGAGGAAAAAAAACAGCAGGCAGCCUAUUGUGAUCUGCAAACUGACACGAUCCGGAUGGAAGAGAGGAAUGUAUUCUGUGGCUUCUACAAUAUUCGUGUCCUCACUAACCGAUCAGACCCAAACAGAGUAUUCCACUAUGCUGGGGGAAAUUUAGUAGCCAUUGGCUCUGAAGACCGAAAAGUGAGGAUCUUUGAUGUGUUGACAAAGAGAGAAGAGCCACCUCUGCUCUCUGGGCAUGUUGGGAGCAUCAAAGCACUGCAUCUUGAUGAGAAGAAAGGGCUCGUUCUUAGCGCGAGCUGCGAUCUCACCAUCAGAUGCUGGAAUAUACACAGUGGUGCUUGCAUGAAGAUCUUUACUGGUCACAGUGGGAUCAUCACCUGCUUGGAUUUACACAACAAGAAGUUUGUGUCGGGAGGCACAGAUGGGAUGGUGAAAGUGUGGAACUUGGAUAGCAGGUUAUGUCUCAGGACCCUGAAACACAGCAAUAUUGUUUAUGCUGUUAAAAUGGAUGGAACCCAUGUUGUCAGUGGGUGUGACAGAGGGCUGGUGAAAGUCUGGCAUGCUGGCACAGGCACUCUGCUCAAAGUACUAGAAGGGCACCUAGGCCCGGUGAGGUGCUUGUCCUUUGAUCAGUGGCACCUUGUCUCGGGAAGCAGUGAUGGAUAUGUCUUGGGAUGGAGCAUGGUGGGAGACCUUAAGAGGUGCCUAAUAGCAUUCCGCCACCCGAAGGAUGUUCUGUCUCUGGAGUUGCUGCAUCUCAGAGUUGUCAGCGGUUGUGCUGAUGGGAAGAUCCGUGUGUUUAACUACCUGACUGGGAGCUGCCUGAGAGUGCUGGUAGGCAGCAGCAGUGGGGAUCCCAUAUCUUUCUGUGCUGCCAAAAACAGGAUGGUGAUCAACGCACCCAGCAGCCUGCUGAUGUUCCAGUUUGAGGACGUCAGGUGGGACUACACACUAGGUGCUGAGAGAGAGACGGUGUGGAAGGAGAAGCAGGAGAGAUGUCCUUUGGGUACUCCCUCCCAACAAGCCAAGAGCCACACUGCCAGCCAGAUGUGUCGCCUCAAUUUGGAGACACGAGAUGUCUGCAAUGAACUGAUAAAACCAUCAGCUUCUCAGCAACAGGAGCAUUUGCUUGGGAGUAGGAGGUCUCUUCGUAUCCAGGCAGAAGAGCAAGAGCUACUUGCUCCAGAUGGCACAUCUGAAUAUGGCACUUCUGUACGUGCACGUGCUAGCAGAGAGCUGGGAGAGAAGAAGGACUCGCUGUCCUCUUACAAGUUCCUUUUGACUGUCAGCAUGCUGCAGAGGAGUAGUAAGCCGUCCUUUGUCCGCUCCAGUACAAAACAGUCUGUAAUAAUGUGA